AUGGCUGAAAUGGUGGAACGUUUUGAGGAAAAAGCAAGGUUUGAAGACGAAAGUGAAGCCGAAUUGAUUUUGAUUGCAACAAUAACUCUUUUUUCAGUGACUCUUCUUACAGUGGAGCACCUCAAGGAGACCAAUCCCAUUCAGAUAGAGUGGGGUGACAGUACUGCACUCAAGAUCUCUGAAGACCUGACACUGAGCAACGACCAUUCCGUAGCAAGAUAUCUCGCUCGUUGUUAUCCAGCACUGGGUCUCUAUGGUAAAAACGCACUUCAAGCAUCUGAGGUUGAUCAUUGGCUGGAAUUCACUGUGAACUCUUUGGAGAAUGCUAGUGAUGUCAACAAGGCACUUCAGUGCCUGAAUAAGAGUCUUGCACCAGUUGCAUUCCUUGUUGGACAUUCUGUGACAUUAGCUGACUUUGCUGUGUGGGGAGCAUUGAAAGUGAGUGGUAACAUUGAGAAGCUGAUAAAGCCAGGGAGCUCUUAUGAGCAUGUCGCACGUUGGUUGACAUUCUGCGGGGCACAAUCGCCAUUCUGCAAUGUAUCUGAGAAACUUCCAAGUCAAGCACAAAAUGACAGUUCUCAACUUGGGACAAAGAUGAAGUCUGAGGGCAAGUACGUCAAUCUGCCAGGAGCGUCCCAAGGAAAUGUUGUUACACGAUUUCCACCUGAAGCUAGCGGGUAUCUCCACAUCGGUCAUGCCAAGGCUGCUCUGUUGAAUCAGUAUUACAAGAACAUGUACGACGGCAAAAUGAUCAUGAGAUUCGAUGACACUAAUCCAGCUAAGGAGAAUGCUGAAUUUGAGAAGGUCAUCCUUGAGGAUCUCAAAAUGCUUAAAGUCGAACCAGACCAGUUCACACACACCUCAGACCACUUUGACACGAUCAUGAUGUAUGCCGAGAAAAUGAUCCGCGAAGGGAAAGCUUAUGCGGACGACACUCCAGGAGACAAGAUGAAAGAGGAGAGGGAACAACGCAUCAAAUCUGCUAACCGAGACAACUCUGUUGAGAAAAACCUCGAAGUCUGGGAAGAGAUGAAGAACGGAACUGAGUAUGGUCAAAGAUUUGCUCUCAGAGCCAAGCUUGACUACCAGUCGGAGAAUGGCUGCUUAAGAGAUCCGACAAUUUACCGGUGUAAACCUGAGGAACAUGUGCGAACUGGAUUGAAAUACAAGGUAUACCCCACGUAUGAUUUUGCCUGUCCUAUUGUGGAUAGCAUCGAGGGGGUCACACACGCUCUGAGGACCACAGAGUACCAUGACCGGGAUCCGCAGUAUUACUGGUUUAUUGAACAAUUAGGUAUCAGAAAGCCACAUAUCUAUGAAUUCAGCCGACUCACUCUGCAGAACACAGUGAUGUCAAAGAGGAAGCUGACUCAUCUUGUUGAUCAAGGCUACGUUGAAGGAUGGGACGAUCCAAGAUUUCCAACUGUUCGCGGAGUGCUCAGGCGAGGAAUGACAGUGGAGGGAUUAAGAGAAUUUAUCGUAUUACAGGGUUCAUCAAAAGCAAAUGUUCACAUGGAAUGGGAUAAAAUCUGGGCUCUCAACAAAAAGGUCAUUGAUCCCAUCGCUCCAAGAUACACAGCUCUUCUGAAGAACGAGGUUGUACCCGUCUUUAUUCCUGAGGCAGAAGAAGAAAUGAAAGAGUGUCCGUUACAUCCCAAGAAUCCCAGUGUAGGUAACAAGGAAGUAUGGUAUGGCCCUAAAGUGUUCAUUGAAGGAGAGGAUGCUGUCACGCUAUCCGAGGGUGAGAUGGUCACGCUCAUGAACUGGGGUAACGUCAAGAUCACAAAGAUCAACAAGACCCCUUCAGGAGGUAUCACAUCAAUGGAAGCACAGCUACAUCUCGACAACAAGGAUUUCAAGAAGACCACCAAGUUAACAUGGAUAGCAGAGUCCGCCAAAGCACCGCUGCUCCCGACAAUCGCGGUCCAAUUUGAUGACGUCAUUUCUAAGCCAGUGCUCACGAAGAACGAUGACUUCAAAGACUACAUUAACAAGGAUUCUAAGCAUGAAACAGAAAUGUUGGGGGAUCCUGCCUUGGCCUCAAUUCAGAAAGGAGACAUAAUUCAACUCCAGCGUCGAGGAUACUUUAUUUGUGACCAACCCUACGAGCCACCAAGCCGGUACACAGGCCGAGAGAGUCCAUGUAUCCUUUUCUCUGUUCCUGAUGGCCACACGAAGCCCUCACCGACCGGAGGAGCCAAGACUAAGGAAGCAGGAGGCCACAAAAAAGGUGAAAAGAAAAGCGAGAAUAAAAAGAAAGAUAAAGGAUCAAAAACCAGCGCACCAGUCAUGAAUGGAACAGAUGUUGCCAAACCUGUUGUAUCACCUGAACAAGUUGAAAAACUUAAAGGAGAAAUCACUGUCCAAGGGGAUAAAGUUCGUACCCUCAAAACAAGUGGGGCAGCAAAGGAGGAAGUUGACGCAGCAGUUGCAGAGCUUUUGAGACUAAAAGCAGACUACAAGAACUUGACAGGAGAAGAUCUUGCUGGAGCUGGGAAAGGAAAGAAAGACAAAAAGAAAGAAGCUGGAAAAGAAAAUGACAAGAAAAAUGCUAAACCUUCGAAGAAGGAGGAGAAAAAAGUGGAGCUGACAAAUGUUGAGGAUGGUGAUACAGAAAGUGGGGCUAAGAAAGUGACCUUGUUGGGUAUGCAGGCUAGAAAAGAGGAAAAUCUAAGUGACUGGUUUUCACAGAUCAUUACAAAGUCGGAGAUGAUCGAAUACUAUGACGUUAGCGGAUGCUAUAUUCUAAGGCCUUGGUCAUAUGCCAUAUGGGAGCGUAUAAAAGAUUUCUUUGAUGGGGAAAUAAAAAAGCUUGGAGUAGAGAAUGUUUAUUUUCCAAUGUUUGUGUCUCAGGCUGCGCUGGAGAAGGAAAAGACCCAUAUAGCAGACUUUGCACCAGAGGUUGCCUGGGUAACAAAAUCGGGCCAGUCUGAAUUAGCAGAACCAAUAGCGAUCAGGCCGACAAGUGAGACAGGUAAGCUGAACUUGCAUGUCCACGAAGCAGGAGGCCACAAAAAAGGUGAAAAGAAAAGCGAGAAUAAAAAGAAAGAUAAAGGAUCAAAAACCAGCGCACCAGUCAUGAAUGGAACAGAUGUUGCCAAACCUGUUGUAUCACCUGAACAAGUUGAAAAACUUAAAGGAGAAAUCACUGUCCAAGGGGAUAAAGUUCGUACCCUCAAAACAAGUGGGGCAGCAAAGGAGGAAGUUGACGCAGCAGUUGCAGAGCUUUUGAGACUAAAAGCAGACUACAAGAACUUGACAGGAGAAGAUCUUGCUGGAGCUGGGAAAGGAAAGAAAGACAAAAAGAAAGAAGCUGGAAAAGAAAAUGACAAGAAAAAUGCUAAACCUUCGAAGAAGGAGGAGAAAAAAGUGGAGCUGACAAAUGUUGAGGAUGGUGAUACAGAAAGUGGGGCUAAGAAAGUGACCUUGUUGGGUAUGCAGGCUAGAAAAGAGGAAAAUCUAAGUGACUGGUUUUCACAGAUCAUUACAAAGUCGGAGAUGAUCGAAUACUAUGACGUUAGCGGAUGCUAUAUUCUAAGGCCUUGGUCAUAUGCCAUAUGGGAGCGUAUAAAAGAUUUCUUUGAUGGGGAAAUAAAAAAGCUUGGAGUAGAGAAUGUUUAUUUUCCAAUGUUUGUGUCUCAGGCUGCGCUGGAGAAGGAAAAGACCCAUAUAGCAGACUUUGCACCAGAGGUUGCCUGGGUAACAAAAUCGGGCCAGUCUGAAUUAGCAGAACCAAUAGCGAUCAGGCCGACAAGUGAGACAGUUAUGUAUCCAGCAUAUGCAAAAUGGAUCAAGUCACACAGAGAUCUUCCCUUAAAACUCAAUCAGUGGAAUAAUGUUGUGAGAUGGGAAUUUAAACAUCCUCAGCCUUUCCUUAGAACUCGUGAAUUCCUCUGGCAGGAAGGUCAUUCAGCUUUUGCCACUUAUGAUGAAGCAGUUGAUGAAGUUUACACCAUUUUAGAUCUUUAUCGUCAAGUUUACACAGAUCUUCUGGCCAUUCCAGUAAUAAAGGGAAAGAAAACCGAGAAGGAAAAAUUUGCGGGUGGUGACUUCACCACAACAGUUGAAAUAUACAUUUCAGCCAGUGGACGAGGAAUUCAGGGUGCUACAUCUCACCAUCUCGGACAGAAUUUCUCCAAGAUGUUCGAAAUUGUGUUUGAGGAUCCUGACCCAACGAUACAGGAGAAAAGAUUUGUACAUCAGAAUUCCUGGGGUCUUACCACACGAACAGUAGGUGUAAUGGUGAUGGUUCACGGUGAUAAUAGAGGACUUGUACUGCCUCCUCGAGUGGCUUCUAUUCAGGCUGUAAUCGUUCCGUGUGGACUAACAGCAACACUGCCAGAAACCGAAAAGAACAGGCUCUUAGACAAAUGUAAAGAGUUGGAGGACAGACUCAAAGCUGCUGGAAUACGAGCUAAGGGAGACUAUAGAGAUAACUAUUCGCCCGGCUGGAAAUUCAACCACUGGGAAUUAAAGGGCGUGCCUCUUCGUAUUGAAGUUGGACCUCGUGACUUGAAAGCGGAACAGGCGGUUGUUGUGCGAAGAGAUAAUGGAGACAAGCAAACUAUCAAGCAAGCUGGUAUAGAGAAGUACAUACCGGAAAUGUUAGAGCGUGUUCAGGCUGAUAUGUAUGACAGAGCCAAGAAAGAUCUUGACGCAAAUCUUGCUGUAGCUCACACGUGGUCAGAAUUUAACUCAAUGCUGGAUAAACAGAAGAUAAUCCAAGCACCGUUUUGUGGCGAUGGUGAUUGUGAGGGCAAGAUCAAGAAGGACAGUGCGAGGGACCAAGAUUUGGAACCUGGAGCGCCAUCAAUGGGAGCAAAGAGUUUGUGUAUUCCGUUUGACCAGCCCAUGGAGAUCACCGCUGACACGAAGUGCGUGUACCCGGAAUGCGGCCAGGCAGCCAAGUUUUUCACGCUGUUUGGCAGAAGUUAUUGAAUCUAUACCAGCUGGACCAGACUGAGUUUCCUCUACAAUAUUGUGAAAUCAAAUUCAAUCGUUAUUUCGAUGUCUCUGUCUCUCUCGACGUGAGAGAGAAUAAAUUAUACAACAUGGCAAAUUGCCAGCUAUGUUGGUGAAGUUUCUGCAUUCCUUAAAAAUACUGCGAAAAUCAAAAUUAAUCUCUAAGGGUUUCAAAUAAUGCAGCAAAUCAAACAGAUUUGUAGGCCAAAACAAACGCAAAAAACCGUUGGCGUGUGCGGGAAGACGUAGCUAUUGUCAAACGCGGGAAAACAUGUAACGGGUGUCAAAGAAAGGAAAACGUGUAACCGCCUUCAAGCGCGGGGAAAUGUGCAACCGUUUGAAAACGCGGGAAACGUGGGAGAAGCACGUGACCAAUGACAAGUGCGGCGAAACGCAACCGAUGAUUGUAUUUUGAUUUCGCAUCGCGGCUUUACACGAGGUCUUAAACUGCAUUACUUGAAACUCAUAGUAAACUAGAACUUAACCCGAGUUUUGCUGUAGAACUGUAUUUAGGUAUUUUUUUUACUUCCUAAACUUUUUCAGACAAUAGCACUACAUCAGAAUUGACUAAAUAUUAACGUGUAAGAUUACACUGAAGCCAAAGGCCGUAAUAAAUAUUUGACAACACA